AUCAAUCGUUUAUUCUUUCUUAUUCCCUAAGUACAGCACCGUACUAGCACCAUGGUUGUGGGAGCGUUUCCGGCCGCCAAGCUUGGCGUUCUGGCGAUGAAACAGAUAUCAAAACCAAUCGCAAAUUUGCUGAAGGAGCGUGCGAAAAAUAGUCCCUUCUUCCGGAAGUAUGUUUGCAUGCCGCCGGCACAGUUCUACAACUGGAUGGAAGUGAAGACGAAAAUGUGGGCAUUGAACCUUGGCAAACCAACCACCGUGCCAGUGUUGAACGAAGCGAUGGCCAUCGAUCUGGGUGCGAACUUGUUGGGCGAAAUCAUUAUUUUCACGAUAGGUGCCGGGUUACUUCUGCUGGAGUAUCAACGACAAGUACGCAAAGAGGCCAACAAAGAGGAGAUGAUGCUGCAAGAGAAACUCGAACUACAAGCGACUAUAAACGAGCUAAACUUUCAAAUGCAACGUUUGGAUACACAGCUACGAGAAGUCGCUAGAGUAACGGCAGAUCUUGAAUCAAAAUCAUCAUGGAAACCGAAAAUAUUAGAUGAACUACCGUUCGGUAACAAGAAGAACAAAAAUGAACAGGCCCUAUAUAUUCCUGCCACAGUUGACCGGAAGGAUCCUGCUGCUAAUGCCAGUGGUAAUAGAGGUGUCAUUACCAGUGCGUUGGAGAUUAUCGAUAAUGAAGUUUUUUAUAGGGACAGCUCAGAGGACGGUUCUGAAGACGAAUUCUCAGACCAACGCCGGCCAGGCCUAGUCACUCGUAGUUUAAAUUACCUACUAGCAUCCAACACUAGACCAUCGAAAGCGACCGAAAGACAAGGAUAGAAACCAUACACCACCGCCAACGUUAAUGGUGUACAGCUAUUGUUCAUUUGUUGUUAACCGCUCGAUUUCAAUCCCCAAUAUUUGUUUUUUUCCCGCCCAGUGUUCCACUUACCAUCGUUUAUUUUUAAUUUAUACUAUUUUAGGAACCAUUUACUGCAAUUAUGUUAACGUUACACGAUGGUUGAACGCAACACAGCUGGCGUGAGGCAUGUAGAACAUGCGUUAGGUGUAUUAUGUUCAAUACCAAUAAUACAAUCAGCAGAAAAACGCAAUUAUCUAAUACGAUCGAAGCUGUUGCAUUUCACAGGACAUAUAAUACUGCAUCCAGACCAUAUCUGUUGUAAUAGUUAAUUACUUAUUCAUUUUCGACACUCACUUCUAUGAUUUAUCAUUUUUUUUACGUUUUAAAAAAGAGAAAAAAUGCUUUAUCAGAUAGCGUCCAUGUACGUUAUUGUUUCGUUACGCUGUAUCAAAAUUAAAUAGGCACAAUUAACUGAAGCUUAUGGGGUCUGAAAUUCCUUUAACGUGACAAAAGUUUGCUAUCAAUUGAAUCACAUUGCUUAACUUGCAAAAAACAAAUAUUACAAUUGAGCUAUUGUUGCGUUGUCGAAUAACAAUGAACAAAACGUGGUGCGCGCCUGUGGAUGGAACACAUGUUUCACGUAGCCAAACGUGAAAGCUCGUCAACGUACAAUGCUGUGAUGAUGUUAUCGUCACCGUGUAAAUAAUGAUACAAUGAAUAAAAUAAGAAAUAAAACUU